CAGGAGGCUCAGGCCCGCCACUGCUCGCGGCAAAGCUUGGCGCUGCGGCGCGCGCCGCUCGGGAGGCCCAGUGCGGGGGCGCGGGUAGGAGGGCGGGACCCGAGCGAGCACCCCGACACCCCAGACUUGACGUCAUCGAGGCGCUGGCCUGUGGCGGGACCGACGGAAGGAGGUUCCCGCUUUGAUUGCCGCCCCGCGGGCUUUUUAAAGGUUACCCUGGGGAAUACGCUCCAGGAGCUGUGGGAGGAGCGAGGGUCUCGGGGGUAGGAGGGCAGGUUUGAUGGGUUUAGGGGGACGAGGCUAGCGGUUUGGGAAGUCGUGGUCCUGCUUAGCCCCUGAGGGGGAGAGGCAAGGCGUCCAGGAACAGCGCACUCACUCGGAGAUGGAGUGGAAACUGCAACGCACCGCCCGGAGGAAGAUCCGGACGGAAGAAGAGAUGUUGUGGGAGAACAUCAUGCGGGUGCUCGCCAACGGCAUGAAGCAGCAGCGAAAUCAAGGUUCCCCCAAGGAGUUGGACUCGGUCGCCGUGACAUACUCCAGCUUCAAGAGCAACUUCGUGAAGAGGCUGUCUGCGGAGAUUCCUGUGGCCAGCAGCCCCAUCACCACCAGAUGGCAGCUAAGCCCAGCCAGGGACCCGGAAAGCUCUUCCUCUGUGGAAGAGGGUCCUCCCUCCCACACCCCUGAAUCUCUGGCAUCUGGGCUGAAGAUAACACCUGCAGCAGACACCCUAACUCUACGAUCCCACAACAAAAAUUCACCCAAAACCCUCUCUAAAGGAAGUUCUGAAGUGAAUAACUCCACUCUCCGUUUUUGCAAGACACCUCUUGCAGGGGACAGAGGCUGGAAGGAAAAUCUUGCCACCAAAGGCCAGAGAUGCCUAAACCAGCCAUUUUCAACCCAGAAGGGAGCUCAGCAAAUCGAUGGGAAGAUGCAUCUCUGUGAGGAGUCCCGGUGUGUCAGGACAGGCUGUAGAUUUGGAGCCAGAGAUGAAUUCUAUCUUAGGAGAUUCAGCGGUGUCUACCAUUCCACAUGCCAACCAGAGGUGAAGAUUCAUCUCACUGGUCUUCGAAAUGACUACUAUCUCAAUACCCUGGACUGGAGUUCUCAAAAUCUCGUUGCUGUAGCCCUCGGAACCUCUGUAUACAUCUGGAAUGGGCAAAACCACAGUUGGAUUGAAAAUAUAGACUUAAGCGUCUGUUGUCAUUAUGUGUCGUCUGUGACCUGGAUGAGAGAGGGAUCAUGCCUGGCUGUUGGCACCAGCGAGGGAGAAGUGCAGUUAUGGGAUGCAAUCACUAAGAAGCAGCUGAGAAACCUGCAUGGUCACUUGUCAGUCGUUGGAGCCCUGAGCUGGAACCACUGCACCCUCAGCAGUGGGUCCAGAUUGGGGCGUGUCCACCACCAUGAUGUUCGGGUGGCCCAGCAUCGUGUUGGAACACUUUACCACAAGGAGGCUGUGUGUUCUCUAAAAUGGUCACCCGACGGCAGGCUUCUUUCCAGUGGGUGUAAUGAUGGAUUACUGACAAUAUGGCCCCACGAUCCUGGCGCUGGUGUGCAGGGCCUGCCACUGAAAGUCAUACCCCAGUCCACGGCGGUUAAGCUUGCUUUCUCCAGGACUCCCCUGCCUGUGUUAUUACUUGGAACUUUACAGGCCAUGGAGUGGUGUCCCUGGCAAUCUGAGGUCCUUGCCGUGGGAGGAGGCGUGAAGGACGGAUGCCUGCAUGUUUUGGAUAUAAAUACUGGGAAGAACAUCCAGACUCCAAGCACACAGUCACAGAUUUGUUCCCUCAUCUGGCUACCUAAGACAAAGGAGAUUGCGACCGGCCAAGGUGCACCCAAGAAUGAUGUGGCACUGUGGACCUGCCCCACGCUGUUCAGGUCCGGUGGGUUCUUCGGUCACAGAGACAGAGUGCUGCAUUUGUCACUGAGUCCAGACCAGACACGCCUAUUUUCUGCUGCGGCAGAUGGGACAGCUUGUGUGUGGAAGUGCUGCUAGUCACCCAACCCAGCCAGUCCUAGGGAGAACAGUAUCGCCGGCUGCCGGCUUUCCUUCUCCACUAGGUCAUUGGGAAUGGAAGAUGUGAUGGCUGACUCUUCCUUGCCUGAUUCUUUUCAGGCUGGAGUCUCUAUACUUCCUAUCUCAUAGCCCAGAGAUCUCUAAACCCUUCCCUUUCCUCUUCUCCUCCUUCUUCCCUCCCUUCCCCUUUCUCAUCCCCUUCUUUCCCUUCCCGACUUCCUCGCUCUUCCUCUUUCCCUCCUCUUCCCUCUCCCUCUCCAAUCUCAGGCUGUUCUCAAAAUUAGUACAUAGCUGAGUAAGGCCCCAACUUCCAAACCUUUUGUCUUUACCUCCUGAGACUAGGUUUAUAGGUGUAAGCCAACAUAUAUGGCUCUUAAAAAAAACCACCCUCUCCUUUAUUUCUCCCAUAAAAACAAAACAAAAACCCUAAUUGUUGUAGAGCAGGGUAGUGUAUACACGAGAGAAAUUAGGAUUCUUCUGCCAAGUUCAUGUUAAUUUGCCAGUUUAUUUCUUCCCAUCUUCCCUUAGCUGAGUUUAGUAAUUACUUCUUUAGAAAAAUUUAGUGUCUAAAACUGCAAAUCUAUCUUUCUGCCUCUGUUUCUCUGUCUUCUCUCUCUGUCUCCGUCUCUCUGACACACACAUACACACAAACAUACACACACACACACACACACACACACACACACACACACACACACACACACAGAGGACAGUUUCAAGUGUCCCCCAUCAUCCCAUUCCAGGUUUUCUGUUUUAACAGUAUUAUGACAGUGCUGUGAUCAAAGUUCAUUUCUACAAUUAUUCUUGGUGUGUGAGCAAAUGGGCCUAAUUUAAGAAAAAAAAAUCAACAUAUUUCUGAUAUUAGUUUUAGUGGAAAGUUUGGGAUAUUAUUUUUAUAAAGAAAUUAGUAAAAGUCUAGACAAAACACAAAAUAGAAGCCUUGACUACAACUGUCUUAAAUUUUGUGCUCCAAAACUUCAAGUCUAUAAAUCUUUAGUGGAUAGCUGGGUACAUUUUUGGUUCAUGAAAAGAUAGCUGUGAGUACUGUCCAAUUUAAGGUACGAAUGUUUCUGGUAUCCUAAAAGGAUCUCUUGUGCCUAGUGUCUGUUAAUAGUCUCUAUAUCCUGACUUCUAUCAUGAUGGACUAGUUUUUCCUCAUGGCUACCUUCAGAUAUGUGGAAUCACGCAAUAAACAUGCAUGCAACAAACCCAGUGUUACAUGAGACUGCAGUUCUUUUCAUUGCUAUGUAUUUUGCUCUAUAAAUGUAGACUUUCUUUUAAAUUAGAAGUGGAUAUUUAAGUUUGUAGUGGGAAGGUGGGUUUCUUUGGAAACCAAGUUAUGUUCUGUGAAUUUUUUUUGUUUAGGUCUCAGAUGUGGGAUGUGAGGCUGCUUCGUAUUGUGCACAGCAGCCAACUGGGAUUUGUCCUGUGUUCUAGGAGGGGCAUGGUUUUGCCAGCUGAGAAUAGUUUACGUUUGGAAUUCUGGAAACUCUUUAGAGGGUAUAAAUAUGAGGGGUCUGGGAGGGACUGUGGCCUCUGCUGUCCCUGCUGCUGCUGUCCCUGCUGUUGUCCCCACUGCUGCUGUCCUUACUGUGGUUGUCCCCCCUGCUGCUGGUUAGAGAUAUCCUAAGGAUGAAGAUUGACCUUGUCCCAAGUCCACGAAACUUGACACCCCCAAUCAGCAAGAAGUAGUCUAAAGAAAGCUAUACCUCCUUUUUCCUCUAACCCUCUUUCCCACCUACCUAGUGCUGGGCUGUUGGAAGAGAUUGGAGUAGAGAAGGGUGGUAGAUAUAGGAACCCAAAUAAAGUAGGCAAAAGGCCCUGCUACCUAAGUCAUGUAGAGUUUUGAGUUUAAGUACUUAGUCUGGUAUGUUCACUAUUGGAUAUAUCUUUGGUGGACAAACCAUUCAUUUCAGUUUGGCAUAU